AUGCUAUUCUUAUUAAUACUAGCAUCACUUUUAAUUUAUGUUCGUUUAGUUAUUUUAAAUAAAAUUGAUUUAAUUUUAACAAAGACAGUUAUAUCUAUUCGUUGUCCUGAUGGUAAAAUUUCGUUUGUUGGCUUUCUUCGUACAGCAAAUAAAAUAGAUGAUCUUCGUUCGUAUUGUCCUCAUCCAUAUCUUGUUUCAUCUGAUGAUGCAAUUAUUAUAUUUACUACAAAUGCAUUACUUCAUAAGUGUAUCGAUGAAAACACUCUUGAUACAAAAUUUAAACUUCAUUUAACAUUAACACAUCAGAGUGAACGUAUUUCACCAACUUCUAUAUCAAUUCAUAAUGAAAAAUCAGGAUCGAUUAAAACAUUAGAACAGGAAUCAUUUUUUAAUAAAAAUUAUACAGUUACAGUUGCUAAUAAUAUUAAAUUAAUUAGUUUAGAUAAAAGAAGAUUUCGUUAUACAUUCUACAUAUGGUUUGUUAAACGAGAUUGGAUUAUUUGUCGAUUAGAUAUAGUUUUUGAUUCUCAUCCAUGUCAUCAUAAAGAUGAUUUUCCUAAUGCCAUAUUUAUUCCUUUUUGUUAUUAUAACGUAUGGAUUUAUUUCUUUUUGAAAGGUUCAUAUGCAUUUCUUCUUAUGUAUUGAAAGGUUAACGCAAACAUGCCAAUGAGUAUAGAAGAAUUAAAUGAAGAAUAUAAUCGGCAUACGAAUAAAAACAAAACUACGACAACAACUAGUUUACCACAAUCAACUAAUACAAAUCUAAUAAUGAAUAAGAAAAAAUCGAAAGCAUCAAUGAAAAAUAAAAAGUUAAAAAAACAAAAUACUAAUUCUAAUACUCAAACAAAUUUAAAGACAAUAAUAAUUAUUAUUAUUUUAUGUCUAUUGACUUUGUUUGGUCUUAUAUCAAUAAUUUUUUAUUUUAUUAAACGGAAAAAACAAGAUGAAGAAAACGAUCUAGUUAAAGAGUCUAAAAAAUCAAGUAUCGAUAGCAUUAUAUCAACAACUAAUGAUGAAAUAUCAGCAAAUUCUCUUUCAUUAAAAGAAAAAACAAAAUCCGUUAAUCUACAAUCAUACUUUUUUGAUGAUGAUAUUCAAUAAAAAAAAAUUAAUACAUUAAUUUUAUUUCACUUUAAAAAAUUUGUAUAACUGAUAAAUAAACUCAGGAAACCAUUCAACUUACAAUACUAAACUAAUGAAACUUUUCAAGAAGAUUAUAUACAACCUGUCCACGUUUAAGAACAUUCCCUUCCCCUUCGGUUUUGAUCAAAAACUUAUAUUGAAGGGGGAAUGUGUGGGUGUUUCAUUAUUCUUUCCAUCGACACUCCCAACUACAUUCACA